AUGAAAUCACCAAUAUAUCUCCUCUCCUCAACUUCAUCCCUCUACAUUGCCGUCGAGGUCUGCCUUUACGCAGUCUCCGGUCAUGCUAAAACUGCCACGUUAACUGACGCUCCUGGAUACGAAUCCCAACGACCAUGCGCAAAGAGCUGCUACGCGAUGGAUUUGUAUGACGGCCCAGCCAGAGAGGCAUAUCAAAUCGACUGCGCGUACCAAUCCGCCGUCGAGAACGAAUGCAUCUGUCGCUCCGAUAUGCAGGCCAACGCAGUCUCCUACCUCAAGGACUGUGUCUCGUCAGACUGUGAGAAGGGCCACGACGUCACAGUGGCCCUAGACCUCUACAACGAUUACUGUACCGGCGCUGGCUUUACCGCAGAGACCCAGACGCCCUCUACAACUAGUAGCUCAGGUACGCCGGACCCCCCGCCAACUGUGACUGUUACAGUGGUGGAGACUGUCUUCUUGGGUGCUGCCGCGAGACUGCGAAUCCCUUUACUGCAUCAGCUGCAGGCUUUACCGGUGCUGGCUGACAAUGAAUCACAAUCCGAAUCUACCACUGAGCAGCCACCCAACUCAGAGGAAGAGACUUCCUCAACAAGCACCGAUACCGAGGUCGCGCCAACAACGACAGACCAUGGACCAUCAGCCAGCCCAACUGAAGAGAGCCAUAAUACCAUUAUUAGCCCUGGUGGAGGAGGCGGAGACAACGGCUUGGACGCAGGUGAGAUUGUGGGCAUUGUGGUAGGCAUUCUUGGUUUUUUAGCCACAUCGACGGCGGUUUACUUCCAAUAUAAGACGCACAAACGAAAGAAGGCGGCGCUCUCUGCAUCGGCGUAG